AAGUCAGAGAUUUACGCCUGUUGUGAAGCCUCGGGGUCGGCCUGGCGAGGGCACUUCGAACGCCCCAAGAAAGCCACUGUCUGCUCGAGGAUCGACAGUGGAAACUUUCCGGGCACAGUCCUCACAGCCGGCCAGGGAACAAUCACAAUCUACGCAUCUUGCGUCCGUCUCAGUGGCACCCGAACCGUCUACUUCCGAGCAGAGGGAUGGCUUUACCUCGGUGCAGAAGCCAACUAGUAUACGCUCCACGAGGUCAAACAAACCUCCAAGUUCAAGUAGAGUUGGUGGAACAGGCGAUACAACUCGAGCUGUUGAGGCACCUCCAGGAAAUGGCGCAAUAUUCUCCGGUGCUGCUGCCGGACGGUCACUAGCUGCUCGCGGCAUAAAUGCAUCACAGGAGACCGCAGAUGCUUCCUCCUCUUCGCAAAUCGUAUCUGGAAGCGAGCCUACACUACAUUCACUGCUGCAAAGUAUCCAAUCAAAUGGAGUCAUUAUCGAACCUGAUGGGGCGCCCCAUCACCCGCCUCAGUCUGCAUCCGGUGACUCACAAAAUACUGCAACACCUGUUGUCGACGGGCUUGAGCAGGGGAGCCACAAGGACAUAGCCAGUCCGGUGCAGAAUGGGACAAAUAUUGCUGUUGGAGUGGGACAAGACGAUCGCGCUGUUGAUGAGCGCAUGACCAGAAAGCGAAGAGCAUCAACAAGGGCCGGAAGAACAUCUGAAGUUACUCAAGCAGAUGUACAAGAAGAUAGCAAAGAACACACCCUUAGGAGGACCAAGCGGGUAAGGAGAUCAACACAAAAGCCGAAUACUCUCGUUAAGGCGGACGCGAUUUCUGAAGAGGAAAGUAGUGAAACCAAAGGACAGGUUCGGCAACGACGAAGUAAAAGGUCAUCUUCAUCGACACCUGCGAGGGGCAGGCGAGGUCGAAAAUCGACCCCUGUUACCUUGUUCGACCCAGAUGCCGAUCCAGGUGAAGAACUAGAUCCUACUGUCGUAACUAUGGCGGCUAUCUGCGAUGACACUGGCCAGGGCAGAGUUAGUAGUAAAGCUGCCUUGAUUCAACGCAAUCAUCAGGCCUGGAAGGCAGCAAACAAGCAGAAGAGGGAUAGGAUGCGAUUGAUUAUGGAGGCGAAGAAAUAUGGGAGGAAUGAGGACGAGACUAGUGGCCCAGUUGAAACUCCUCAAGCAGAAAAGAAAGGCGCCUCCGAUGACGAUGGAUCACGAGCUGCAACUCCAGUUGAGGCUCCGACUGUAGAAGAUGCAAAUGGCUUUAACUAUAGGGAAGCGCUUCCUGUCAGCCGCUUCAGUGCCCAAGUCAGGAUAGGACCUAACGGCGAAACAAUCAUUGACGAAGAGAGCCUAUUCGUAGAAAGGACUGAGAACGCGGAUGACGGAACUGACGCUUAUCAGCAUGUCGAGGAGUCGGACCAGACGAAGUUUACUAACUCGGCGAGUUAUGGGCGAAAACUACGUGGAUCACGAUGGUCUGCGGAAGAGACAGAACUAUUUUACGACGCAUUAUCGCAGUUCGGCGAAAAUUACGAGUUGAUCUCCUACGUUAUUCCUGGCCGUGACCGAAAGGCAUGCAAAGCCAAGUUCAAGGCUGAGGACAAGAAGAAUCCGAAUCGCAUAACGUAUUGCUUGAAAAACCGCACACCUUAUGAUAUUGAGACUCUUUCGAGGCUCACUGGAAAGGAUUUCUCAGGUCCGACGCCUGAGAUCAUCGCUCCAGUGAAGCCGAGCAUGGUUGAUGAGCCACAAGAACUACAACAGCCGCAUUCCGAAGCUGAAUCAUCGACACAAAUACCGCGUAAGAAGUCCAAGACUCCUGGUUUACCUGAUGAUGUAGAAGUUGUUGGCGAUAUCGAGUCUUUUGACGGAAAGGAAUCUGACGAUUAA